CUUUUCUUCCAUGGCUACAGUGUUAUAAAUUGAGAGUUCUUGUAUAUAUACCGUUACAUUACAGUGAAUAAAUAAAGGUGUUUUUACGGUAAAAUAUAUAUUUUUUUAAAAAUCAUACGCAUUAACAUUACAAUGACAACUCAAGAGAACACAGCCACAACGAAGAGAGGUGAUUUAACAUCUGCUGAAAGAGAGAUGCUACAGGUUGCUGCUGCAGGGGAUGUGCAAGAGGCCACUCGGCUUCUCAACAGUAAAGAAGUACGGGUUAACUGUCUGGAUGAGAAUGGCAUGACACCCCUCAUGCAUGCAGCUUACAAAGGGCAAGCAGACUUAUGUAGGCUAUUGCUGCAGCAUGGAGCUGAUGUCAACUGUAAUGAGCAUGAGUACGGCUAUACUGCUCUCAUGUUCGCCAGCCUUUCAGGCAAUGCUGAAAUUACAUGGAUGAUGCUGGACGCUGGGGCAGAGACAGACCUGGUCAACUCUGUGGGACGGACAGCAGCACAAAUGGCAGCUUUUGUAGGCCAGCAUGACUGUGUGACCGUGAUCAAUAACUUCUUCUCACGAACAAGAUUAGAAUACUACACCAGACCACAGGGCUUAGAGAAAGAACCCAUACUUCCUCCAAAACUGGCAGGACCUUUACAUAAAAUCAUCAUGACCACCAACCUUAACCCAGUCAAGAUGGUGAUGAUGGUGAAAGAAAACCCGCUCCUAGUAGAUGUCGUAGCUCUAGAGAAGUGUUACCGAGUGAUGGAUCUGCUGUGUGAGCAGUGCGUGAAGCAGCAGGACAUGAAUGAAGUGCUGGCUAUGAAGAUGCACUACAUCAGCUGUGUGUUACAAAAGUGCCUGGCCUUCUUACAGGAGCGUGAUGACAAACUAGACGCUCUCCUCAAGAGUCUUUUAAAAGGCCGGGAUGGUGAUGGCUUUCCUCAGUACCAGGAGAAAUUUAUUCGUGACUGUAUCCGGAAGUUUCCUUACUGUGAGGCGACUCUGUUGCACCAGCUGGUCGAAAACAUAGCUCCUGUGGAAAUUGGGAACUCCCCAACAGCCUUCUCAGUUCUUACUCAGGCAUUGACGGGUCAGAUGGCUCUAAUGGACACUGAGUUUUGUGCUACAUGCGGAGAGAGAGGAGCUGAUAAGAAGUGUUCAUUCUGCGAAAUGGUUGUCUAUUGUGGGCAGGCUUGUCAGAGGCUGCACUGGUUCACACAUAAGAAAGUGUGUAAGGCCCUGCAGCGACAGAGAGAAUUUCAAAGUAAAGAUUCUGCCAGUGUGAGAGAAAUCCCUGGAAAUGCUGACGGUCAUGAUGUGAUGGAAGGAAAUUGCAGCUCAUUGCUUGGUCUCUGUUUGGGUUUUGCGGAACUUGGACAUUCACAUGCUUUUUCUGAGAACUACCCUGACCCUUCAAAUGCUGUUGCAGAGGCCAUGUCUGGCUGCCAGGACUGGGGAAGGGAAGGCCAUCCGUCUUCCUGACUGUUAACACUCUGCUCAUUCACUAUACAUUUUAACCCAGCAGAACACAACCAGAACCCUUACUGACAGGGAAGCAAUCAGUCCUACAUAGAACCUAGAGUGAUAACAAAAGCCCAAAAAUAGUCCCAAAAAUUGUUGGGAUUCUUCCUAAAAGUAUUGUACUUGAAAUAAUUUCUAAAAGGGAAAUCCUCUGUUGUAGGGCUCUACACAGAACAUUUAAGAGUUCCCCUUAGAGCUUUUAGGGUGAUGGGUACAGUGUAAAUAUACUACCAGUCAAAAUGUUCGGACACAUGGGAUUAAAUGUAGAUUUUUCAUUGUCUUAAUGGCAAUUUGAUAAAAAAGCAUAUGGUUAAAAUUUGUUUCUGGACAUCUGUAACGAAGGUAACAUGCAUUUAUAAGUUUAAUUAUGAAUCAAAUUGUUUUAAUUUAAAAAAAAGUAAUAAUUUCCCCAAAGAAACGCUUUCAUAUUAAAUUUUGGAGAAGCAAUGAGGAGCUUGGCUUAUUUGAGAAAGCCUUCUGGAUGAAGCUCUCUGAUAAAGCUGGCUGAAAAUAAAUAGUUCAAAUCUUCAUCAUGAAUGCUGUAUUUAUAUAGUACAAAUACUUUAAUUUGCUCAGCAGUCUUGGUAAUUCUACAAUUCCAUACGUUACUCUACAAUGUUUAUUUUCUAAUAUGGUAGUAUUAUGAAGAAAAUGUUUUGACUGGAAGUGUGCUUCUGCACUGGCAUAAGGGCUUACUUAUAUACUUACUUUGCAGAACAACUCUUUUCUCUCUCUUAUACCUCCCGCUUGAACAGUUUUUAUGUUUAUUUCUGUUUAUUUAUUUAUAAUUAAUUUCAUUCUUGUCAUUUUGUUAAGAUUGUUCACA